AUGAACAUUUAUCACCAGUUUUAUCAUAAAUGGGCUCUUCUUACUGAUCCAGAUGAUAUAGCUGGGGGACCAAAAGGAUAUUUAAAAUGUGAUAUUAGCGUUAUUGGAAAAGGGGACACGGUCAAAGUUCCUCCGAAAAGCGAAAAAGACGAAGAUGAUAUCGAAGCCAAUCUUCUUCUUCCUGACGGUGUUCCGACUGAUAGACAGAAAGCUCGAGUAAUCGUGAAAAUUUACCGUGCAGAUGGGCUCCCGAAAAUGAAUUCCUCGUUAAUGGCCAACGUGAAAAAGGCAUUCACAGGGGAGCUCAAUGACCUAGUCGAUCCUUACGUACAAGUAUCAUUUGCUGGAUUAAUGGGUAAAACGAGCGUUAAAAAACACAGCUAUGCACCCGUGUGGAAUGAGCAGCUAAUUUUCACGGAGAUGUUUCCGCCUUUGUGUCAGAGGAUAAAAAUUCAACUGAGAGACAACGAUCCAGUGAAACCAACGGUCAUCGGGACGCAUUUCAUCGAUUUGAAAAGGAUUUCGAACGACGGCGAAAAAGGGUUUCUUCCAACAUUCGGUCCAUCUUUCAUUCACCUCUACGGAUCUACUAGAGAUUACAGCCUUAUUGACGAGCAUUCGAGUUUAAACGCAGGAUUAGGGGAAGGUGUUUCUUAUAGGGCACGUCUUUUGAUAUCUAUACGAACCGAAAUCACUGAUAGUAUUGAUCUGUCACCUGCAUCGGUAGAUUUGGAGCCGGUCGUGCCUGUAAAUGAAGCAUCGUAUGCCAAGAACGAAGAAUUCUUUUUAUUCGCGUGCAUUCUUGAAGCUUCCAUAGUAGAUAAAAAAUUAGGCGAUAAACCAGUCUACUUUGAGAUAAGCAUAGGAAAUGCUGGGAAUGCUAUGGAUGGACACAAUGAAUCAACAAGGGAUCAUUAUGAUUCUGAUAGUGAUGAGCUAGAGGUGGUUUCUUCCGAUAGCGCUUCUUGGCAGAGUACAACUUCCCCAGCAAAACCUAUGACGCAUGACAAAACCUACUAUUUCUUACCUUAUUGGGACAACAAACCGUGCAUGCAUAUAAGAUCCGUUUGGCCAGAUCAUCGAAGGAGAAUGUACAAUUCAAAUAUGAUAACAAAGAUUGUUGAAAAAUUUGAAGAUGCCCUCUCUGAAGUAACAUCAGCAUUAGAGGCUGAUGAUUCAAAUGUUGAAAUUCAAUUUAAGCAAGUAUUGGAAGAUCUUUCAGUUAUAUGUGGAAAAUACGUUACAAUAUGUAAGGCUUCCCUUACUGGCCCUGGAACAGGCAAAACUAAACUUGAUAAAGAGCAUAUUAAAUUAUGCCAGAGGGAAAUAGAGCAAAUUGGUGUGUCUGCAAGAAAUCUCAAAGCACUUGUUACAAAAAGCUCAUUCAAGGAAAGGUUUAAGACGGCACAGAAAUUUCUUGGAAAAUUAAAAUUCCUUAUAGAUGAUCCCCAACAUGCACUUCCGGACGUGUUUCUUUGGAUUAUAAGCGGUGGUAAACGACAAGCAUAUCAACGAAUUCCAGCUAGGGACAUAAUAUAUUCUGGUGUAGAAGAGGAAUGUGGAAAACAUUGUGGAAAAGUACAAACAAUGUUUCUAAAACUUCCAGGAAAAAAGGGGAUUGGUCCAAGUGGCUGGUCAAUUCCCGCCAAACUACAAAUAUUUCUGUGGCUGGGAUUACUUAAACACAAGAAAAACUUUCUUACCGGUAUACCAGGUGGAUAUGAACAAACUCACGAAAUAAAAAAUGUUGAAAGACCACGUGCUCUUCCACCAAGCACUAUUCAUUACGUGGAAAAACAUAUUUUUCAACUUCGAGCUCACAUUUAUCAAGCACGGUCGUUAAUUGGAAGUGAUGCGAGUGGAUUAUCAGAUCCAUUUGCGAGAAUAAUUGCAGGUGAAUUUAGUAAAACUACACAAGUUAUAGAUGAAACUUUAAGUCCAACCUGGGACGAACUUUUGAUAUUCGAAGAAAUUUUAAUCUACGGAGAUGGAGAUGAAAUAAAAAAUGAUCCACCUCCAAUUGUCAUCGAAAUAUUUGACCAAGACAAAGUUGGAAAAAGUGAGUUCAUCGGCAGAACUUUGGCAAAACCGAACGUUAAACUUCGAGAGGAUCCAUACACUAAACCAAAAUUUCCACCGUCUUUAGAGUGGUUUACCAUAUCCAGAGGCGCUGACAGAGCAGGAGAGCUUUUAGCAGCUUUCGAGCUGCUUGAAAUUUCAAAUGAAUAUGAAGGAUCACUGCCUUCAUUGCCGCAUCCCAAGGACAUUCCAAUGUAUCACGAGACUGAUCCCAAGAGAGUUGAACAACUGCUACCAGUACCGAGAGGGAUUAGACCAACAUUAGUACGAUAUAGAAUUGAAGUUUUAUUUUGGGGACUACGAGAUCUAAAAAGGAUUCAUUUACUGACUGUAGACAAGCCAAGAGUAGAUAUUGAGUGCUCGGGUAAUAUCCUGUAUUCAAGUAUAAUACAAAAUCGAAAGAAAAAUCCUAAUUUUAGUACACCAGUCAAGUUUCUUGAUUUAGAUUUGCCAGAACAAGAGCUUUACAGACCUCCUCUGACGAUUAGGGCUGUGGAUUGCCGUAGUUUUGGGCGAUAUACUUUAGUAGGAACUCAUAUUAUUAAUUCUAUUCAAAGAUAUAUGUACAAACCGAUGACGAAGAAACUAAGAGAAGCAGAAGAAAGAAAAAAAUCUCUACAUCAACUAAAAACUGGAGAUUCUAAUGUACUAUCUAAUCAAGUUUCAGCAUCAAAUAUGGCAGUUUCUCAUAAUGACAAAGAAAGAACUCCUUUGUUGCCAAAAGAUAUAUCAAUACAAAUAGGUUAUGGUACACAUGAUGGAACCAAAAAAAUAAAGGCUGAAACAAACAAAAGACGAAAACAAAGUUUUGACGAAGAAAUUGACGAUGAAGACGAAAACAAGGACUGGUGGACGAAAUAUUUCGCUUCUGUUGAACGGAUGAUCGAUGAGUCUAAAGAAGCAAAGAAAUUCCUGAACCAAAACGGAAACCUACAAGUACACGAAGAAGAGAAAAGUCCACAUUCGGGAAAUAGUUCAGACAAAAGUCCAGGACAAGAGCAUAAAAAACGAUUGGGAUUUAAAACUGUAUCUACAGCAUCCAGAAUCGCGGCUAGAAUAAGUCCAAAAAGUACUAGAAAAAGAAGUAAAUAUAAACCGGCACUUUGUAAGAUUUUUCCAACUGAAUUGGAAAGCAGACCAGAAUAUAACGAAUUUAAAGAAUGGUUGCAUACUUUUGAACUAUAUCGAGGCAAGAAAACUGGAGAAGAUGCUGAAGAUGACAGCAGAGUUGUAGGUUAUUUUAAGGGUGCUAUAAGAGUCUAUAAAUGGCCUUUGCCUAAAGAUAUAGAAGACAAAACGAUAAUGGGUUUUGAUCCACAAUUUGGGCUGUUCCAAGGAUUGCCUUCUAAUGAUCCGAUACGCGUGUUAGUACGAGUGUACAUAGUGAAAGCUAAUGAUCUACAUCCGAUGGAUUUAAAUGGCAAAGCAGAUCCGUAUGUUGUGCUACAACUAGGAUCUAAGAGAAUAAGUGAUAAGGAAAACUAUAUUUCAAAGCAGUUAAAUCCUGUUUUUGGAAAAUGUUUCGAGAUAGAAGCCACUUUUCCACAAGAUUCUCUACUGAUAAUUCAGGUCUAUGAUUGGGAUUUGGUUGGCUCAGAUGAUAUGGUCGGAGAGACAAAAAUUGAUUUAGAAAAUCGGUUUUAUAGCAGAUACAGAGCCAGUUGUGGAUUACCAGAAGUAUAUGAAGAGAAACUUCUAGAUAAAAUCCAAACUUCGAAAGGCCAGGAAGUUCUGAAGAAAUCUCCCAAGCUUAAAGGCAAAAAGCACAAAGUCUGUCACAGUAACAACGUUGGAUUGGAAGACGUUGAUUUCAUGACAGAUGAAGAGAUUAAGGCAGCAAAGCUAACAGGCAUCUCUAAAAAAAUAUUCAGUAACCUGGUGAAACAAGGCUAA